AUGGACAGAAGCGAGUAUGAGGGAUUGUACAAGAGAUCUAUUGAGGAUAAAGAGGGUUUUUGGGGAGAGCAAGCAAAGGUGCUUUUGAAGUGGGACAGGAUGUUUGACAGGGUUUACAACAAUGACUUUGAGAACUCAAGGUGGUUCGAAGGAGGUAUGUUGAAUGCAUGCUAUAAUUGCGUUGAUAGACAUGCGGCCUGCAGCCCGGACAAAGUCGCGGUUAUUUAUGAGGGAAACGAUGGGGAGUCGGUCUACUACACAUUCAAAGACGUCCUUGAUGAAGUUAUAAGGAUCUGUACCAUACUUAAGGACGAAGGUCUUGAGAAGGGAGAUACGGUUGCUAUGUAUAUGGCAAUGUCCCCGUAUGCAGUGUUUUCUGCACUUGCAUGUGCUAGGCUUGGUCUUGUGCAUAAUGCAAUCUUCGGAGGAUUUAGUGCAAGCAGCGUGGCUCUACGGCUUAACGACUCGAAUGCCAAGCUUUUAAUAGUCCAGGACGUCGUUGCAAGGCAAGACUCCACCAUGAACUUCCUUGAGAACACAAGGGUAGCGCUCAAGGGAAAAUCAAUUCCUGUUCUAGUCUUCGACACAUUUCUGGACGAGAGAAAGAUCUUAGAUUCACUGGAUGGGAUUGGAGGAAGGAUUCUGAUAUGGUCAAAGGUUUUGAAGAGGGAGAAUGAAUUCAUUCCCUGUGUCUCGGUCAAUGCAGAGGACAGACUUUUCUAUCUGUACACAAGUGGAAGUACAGGAAAGCCAAAAGGAAUUAUCCACACGGCCGGUGGGUAUCUGGUGUAUGCGAUGCUUACUUCCAAAAUAUGCUUUGAUCUUCAAGAAAACGAUGUUUUUGCCUGUACGGCAGACAUAGGAUGGAUCACAGGGCAUACAUAUGUCAUUUACGGGCCGCUGUUGAAUGGAAUCACGACCGUUGUAUUUGGAGGAACGCCCUUCUAUCCUUCGUAUUACAGGCUCUUCAAGAUGGUCGAAAAGUAUAGAAUAACUCAGUUGUACACUGCGCCUACAGUUAUAAGGAUGCUGAGGAAGCAUUUUUCCACAACACCCCUUGAUCACAACUAUGACCUGUCUUCCCUGAGAAUUCUCGGAUCUGUUGGAGAGCCGAUAAAUAAGAAUGCCCAUCUGUGGUUUAGUGAGAACUUCAACGGCUGUCCUGUUAUUGAUACAUAUUGGCAAACUGAAUCUGGUGGGAUUCUGAUUGCGCCUAUUCCGCACGCCGUAGACAUAAAGCCUGAGUGUGCCUGUCUUCCAUUUUUAGGCCAAGAGGUUGUUAUUGCGGAUCCGAGCUCUAGAAGCGACUGUGUUGUCGAAGCGAAGGCCUAUGAGUUAGGGCGUGUUCUUCUCAAGGGUUCCUGGCCUGGGAUAACCAGAGGGAUUCUAGGAAACCCGGAGAGAUUCAGAAAGGGAUAUUUUUUCUACAAGGGAUUCUACUUCACGGGCGACGAAGGAUAUAAAGAUUCUGAUGGACAUGUGUGGAUCAGAGGAAGAGCUGACGACGUGAUAAAUGUCUCUGGACACAGGAUUAGCACGGCAGAGGUCGAAGGCGCGGCAUGUACGGAUCCGCAUAUAGCUGAGGCAGCAGCUGUUGCAGAAAGCGACGAUAUUACUGGGCAGGCCCUUUGCAUUUUUGUGGUCUUGAAAGACAGGAAAACAUCUCAUGAAGGAGUAAGAGCGUCUCUGAGAACAACUCUGAGAAGCAAGAUCGGAAAGUUUGUUAAUGCAAAAAGAAUCUACUUCUGUGAAGGUAUUCCCAAGACUGCAACUGGAAAGAUCAUGAGAAGAGUCCUGAAAAGUAUCCUGGCCGGAGAUCCGCCUGGAGAUGUAUCGACUUGUACCAAUGCAGACAUUAUUGAGGGCCUGAGAGAAAUUGCUGGAUCGGAAGUAAAUUAA